AUGUCGCUCAAUGAGAAUGAGCUGUCGCAGCUCCGCGAGUCGCUCCAGGAUGCCGUCGUGAAGUGUUCCGAGCGGGCGGCAGAGCUCCUCAAUGCGAUCCCCGAACCCUCCGCCGAUGCUGCCGAUGCUACCGAUGCUGAUUCCCGAUAUGUCCCAACCGUCCUCACACCGAACGCCGAUCCCGAAGAGGCCCUCCUCGAGGCCAGAGAGAUCAACAAGUACCUGCUGGCGAAAGCCUUCUUCGACACGAGGGAGUUUGACCGCUGCGCCGCCGUCUUUUUGCCCGAUUCCGUUAUGUCCAGUGUUUUGAGUUCCAAUCCGGAAGGGGUAUCAGGGUCAUCCAAGGGAAAGGGAAAGGCGAAAGGGGGGGAGGCCGAGACGACGAGGGCCGCGGGCAGCAGCACCGAACUGCCCCGGCUAAGCCAGAAGAGCUUGUUCCUGGCCUUAUACGCCAAGUUCAUGGCCGGGGAGAAGCGCAAAGACGAGGAUUCCGAGAUGGUGAUGGGGCCGCAAGACCUCGGGAACGUCAUCAACAAGCAGCUGAACACCGUCAGCCGGUUCCUCAGCAACUGGUUCGACGAGCGCACGACGGACGAUGGCGAGGUCCUCGGUAGUCAGGGAUGGCUGGAGUACCUUUACGGCAUGGUCCUUGCAAAGGAGAAGAACGAGGACAGGGCGAUGGACUACUUCGUGCGAAGCGUCCACUUGUAUCCGAUGAAUUGGGGCUGUUGGCUAGAAAUGACCCAGCUCAUCUCUCGCGUGGACGAUCUUGGCCGCAUAGCAGAACAUCUCCCCCAAAACAUCGUCUCCUUUAUCUGGCAUCUCUACACAUCACUCGAACUCUACCAAGCGACACCGGAACUGGCCAACUCAUUGGACUCGCUGAUGGGCAUAUUCCCAGACUCGUCGUUUCUUCUCACGUGCAACGCCAUGCUGACGUACCACUCGAAAGAUCUUGUAGCUGCCGAACAACAUUUCAGUCGGUUGCUGUCGCUACACCCUCACAGGCUUGACUCGCUGGACCAUUACUCCAACAUCCUCUACGUCAUGAACCUGAGGCCGAAGCUCGCGUUCCUCGCGCACCUGUGCUCGAGCAUCGACAAGUUCCGGCCAGAGUCCUGCGUUGUGGUGGGCAACUACUACUCCCUCCUGUCCAUGCACGAGAAGGCGGUGCACUACUUCCGUCGAGCUCUGACUCUUGACCGGACCUGCCUCUCGGCAUGGACGCUCAUGGGCCACGAGUACGUGGAAAUGAAGAACACUCAUGCGGCAAUCGAAUCGUACCGCCGCGCAGUCGAUGCCAACCGCCGUGACUAUCGGGCAUGGUACGGCCUCGGCCAGGCGUAUGAGAUGCUGGAGAUGCACACCUAUAGUCUCUGGUACUACAAGAAGGCAGCUGGCCUGAGGCCCUGGGACGGCAAGAUGUGGUUGGCUGUCGGUUCAUGUUUGCAGAAGAUGGGUCGCGACCAGGACGGCAUCAAAGCGCUGAAGAGGGCUUUGUUAGCUGAAGCAUACUACGACAGUGGGAACAGCUUCGGUAGCGGGGGAGACUUCCUCAGCAGCCGCGGCGCCACAGGUCACCUGGACCCGGAGCUGCUCUUCCAGAUCGCCAGCAUGUACGACCACCUCGGCGACGAGGAAGAGGCAAAGGCAUACAUGGAGCUCUGUCUCGCGCAAGAAGGGGGGGAACCAACCGCCGACAACGCGUUGAACGAAUCGAUCGCGAUACACAACGACUCCCCCGGCGCAUCGGACGACGAGGGUAACGGAGACGGCCUGAAGGAGGGCGCAAACGAAGGCACUGGCGUGACUGCGUCGACAAGCAAGGCACGCAUGUGGCUCGCGAAGCAUGCCAUGCGGACUGCGGACUACGCGACGGCGAAUCGGCUGGGAACGGAGCUGACGCAGGACGGCUUCGAGGUCGAGGAGGCCAAGGCUCUCGUGAGGGAGGCCAGAGUUCGCAUUAGGAAUGCGGAACCAGGCCUCACUCCUUGA